AUGCCUUCGCCACGGGAGCUGGAUCCCAUGCUCCAAACCGAGGGCGACUUGCGCCGGAAGCGGUCCUUGGUUAGGCCGGAACGUGGUCGCGUCGACAGGGACCACCCAAACUAUCACUACCGCAAACAUGCGCAGAACAUGAGUGUCCAGCCCUCGACUACCGGGCACGACCCACUCGCGGAGAACCACGACGAGUCAGAGACGAUCAGCUCGGAGAGUACCGACAUCAAAAGCAUUCAGCGAAGACAGCAACGCAGGGAAGCUGGGAACGGCUAUGGCAACGAAAAGGAUCAUGCACAUGAUGACAAUCGCAAGCUCCAAAGAAGGCCCACGAGAAAAGGCACGUCACAGAUGGAAGCCGAGGAGAAAGCGCGACAGAAAGCUCGCGAUGCUGCGAGACCUCCGAGCAUCUGGAACAUCUACUGCGCUGUCAUCACGUUCUGGGCACCCAACGCAAUUCUCAAGUGCUUUGGCAUGCCUCACAAAGCUCAGGCAAGAGCAUGGAGAGAGAAAAUGGGCUUGAUUAGCAUCAUCAUGCUUUUCUGCACAUUCGUUGGUUACAUCACAUUCGGUUUCACUCAGACCGUAUGCGCUGGUGGAGGACCCAACAGGCUCAGGAUCAACGAAGUGGACAAUGGUUACAUGAUUUUCCACGGAAAAGCCUACGAUCUUUCGCGGUCCAAGCAUCCUUGGGUUCGCGGCAUUCCAAAGGACACCAACGUCGUUUACAGCCUGCCUGAGAAGUAUGGUGGUAUGGAUGGGAGUUUUAUGUUUCAAAACGUGAAUGGCCACUGCAAGAAUUUAAUCACGUUGGCGGAAAACUCUGAUGUCCCCUCUAAAAAUAACGGCAAGGACCUCGCUUGGUACUUUCCAUGCAACGCCUUCAAACAGGAUGGAUCCUCGAAGCCAAAUCUCACGAUUCCUUACUAUCUCGGCUAUGCGUGUCACACCCAGAACACGGCCCGCUCGUCAUUCUAUAAUCUGAGAGACAGUGGCGACGUCUACUUUACUUGGGAUGACAUCAAAAACAAGAGCCGCAACUUGAUGGUUUACAGUGGCGAUGUUCUCGACCUCAAUCUUCUACAAUGGUUCAACACGAGUCAGGUCUCAUAUCCUUCGAGAUUUGACGACCUGCGAAAGAAUUCGAACCUUCGAGGUAGGGAUAUGACACGCUCGUUCUCUUCCCACGAAGACAAGCAGAUUGCGAAAUGUUUUCAGGAAAUCAUCAAGGUUGGCUCCAUCGACACUGAGACGAUCGGCUGCAUUGCCUCCAAGGUCGUUCUUUACGUCUCGCUUGUUUUCAUCUUGUCCAUCGUUGCUGCGAAAUUCUUCCUUGCUCUGGCCUUCCAGUGGGUUCUCUCUAAACGCUACGCGGCCGACAAGUCGACCGUCUCCCAGAAUUCCAAGAGAAGGAAUAAACAGAUCGAAGAUUGGAGUGAAGACAUUUAUCGUCCCCCACCAAAGAUUGCUGACCCAUUAGGGCCAGUGGAUCGCAGCAGCAAACGCGGCAGCAAAUUCUUGCCAAAAACAUCAAGAUUCACGAGCCCUUACGCCAUCGAUUCUGGCAAAUCCAGACCUGCGCCGACUACUAUGGCUAGUCAGAGCUCGACUGCCAAACUAAUGAAUAAUAAUAAUGUGUACAGACAGUCGAACUAUAGUCAAGGUACUCUAGGCUACGACAUGCCAGGAAAUGCUGAAAGUCGAACCAGCUUGAUACUGCCUCCUUCGGGCACUGAUCAAAGGUAUUCCAGCUAUAUGGGCGACUCCGAAGGCCCUGGCCCCGCGGGUUUCGUCCAUGAGUCUGUUGUACCCCAACCUCCCCACGACUGGCAGCCGUUCGGCUACCCUCUUGCGCACGCCAUCUGCUUGGUUACCACCUACUCCGAGGGCGAAGAGGGAAUUCGCACCACGCUCGAUUCCAUUGCUACCACCGAAUACCCGAACAGCCACAAGCUUAUUCUGAUCAUUUGUGAUGGUAUCAUCAAAGGCGCGGGCGAGGAAUUUUCCACUCCUGACAUCUGCCUUGGCAUGAUGAAGGAUCAUGCCGUCUUGCCUGACGAGGUUGAAGCCCACUCGUAUGUGGCUGUCGCGAGUGGAUCGAAGCGCCAUAACAUGGCCAAGAUCUACUCCGGCUUCUACGACUAUGGCGACAACUCGCUGAUCCCCCUGGAGAAGCAGCAGCGCGUGCCGAUGAUGAUUGUCGUCAAGUGCGGGACACCGGACGAGUCCAAGAACUCGAAGCCUGGCAACCGUGGAAAGCGCGACAGUCAAAUCAUCUUGAUGUCUUUUCUUCAAAAAGUCAUGUUUGAUGAGCGGAUGACCGAGCUGGAAUAUGAAAUGUUCAACGGAAUUUGGAAGAUAACCGGCAUCUUCCCUGACUUUUAUGAGAUCGUGCUCAUGGUGGAUGCGGAUACCAAGGUCUACCCGGACAGUUUGACGCAUAUGAUCUCCGCCAUGGUCAAGGAUCCUGAAAUUAUGGGCCUCUGCGGUGAGACCAAGAUUGCCAAUAAACGCCAAUCAUGGGUAUCAAUGAUCCAAGUCUUCGAAUACUUUAUCUCGCAUCACCAAGCCAAGUCCUUCGAGUCUGUUUUCGGUGGUGUGACUUGCUUGCCUGGUUGCUUCUGCAUGUACAGGAUCAAGGCACCCAAGGGCGGGCAAAAUUACUGGGUCCCCAUUCUCGCCAACCCUGACGUCGUGGAGCACUACUCGGAGAACGUUGUGGACACGCUGCACAAGAAGAACCUGCUUCUUCUCGGUGAAGAUCGCUAUCUGUCGACAUUGAUGCUGAAGACAUUCCCGAAGCGCAAGCAAGUCUUCGUCCCUCAGGCCAUCUGCAAGACGGUCGUUCCCGACGAGUUCAAGGUGCUGCUUUCGCAACGUCGCAGAUGGAUCAAUAGUACGGUUCACAACUUGAUGGAGCUCGUGCUCGUCAGAGACCUCUGCGGCACUUUCUGCUUCAGCAUGCAGUUCGUUGUCUUCAUUGAACUUGUAGGAACGCUCGUGCUGCCCGCGGCCAUUUCGUUCACCAUCUACCUGAUCGCGAUUGCCAUCAAGGCAGCCAUCGAGCACACGGCGGCUCCCACGAUUCCACUGGUGCUGCUCGCGCUGAUUCUGGGGCUGCCGGCGGUUUUGAUCGUGCUGACGGCGCACCGGUGGUCGUACGUGGCUUGGAUGUUAAUCUAUCUGAUUUCGUUGCCGGUGUGGAACUUCAUCCUGCCGACGUACGCGUUCUGGAAGUUUGACGACUUCAGCUGGGGCGACACGCGCAAGACGGCGGGCGAGAAGACGAAGAAGGCAGGCAUCGAGUACGAGGGCGAGUUCGACAGCAGCAAGAUUACGAUGAAGCGGUGGACGGACUUUGAGUAUGGUAAGUCACAUGGGCCGGAGAUGAGGGCGCGGUUGGGUUCAUGCACGAAGCCAUUUGCGGGCAGCGACUGA